ACAGGAAGACAUGGCUGUCAGAUGAGAGUAACAUGACAGAAGCGUUCCUCUAUCCGGUGUAUUUUACAUAUUUAACAUGUUUCUUGACAAUCUAAAUUGGUAACUCAGUGUAGAAUUAUGAAUAAUGAUUAUUCUAGGUAUUAUAUAAUUACUGGCGUUAAUUAAUAAUACGUUUAUCGCAUACUUCGCUAGAUGCCUGCACUUUUAUAAUAGUCACAGUCUCAUACAGAUAAAUCAGACAGACAGCAGCGUCAAUGAGUAUACGAGCAUUGUGGGUUGUCUCUCACGAGAAGGGUGAAUCUGGGAAAGUGCGGUUUUCCAGACGGUACCCAACAGUAGAGUUUCGUGCCAAAUCCUUGGCUGGAGCUCAAUAUGUGGCUGUUCCAGAGGACUGUGUUUUACCUCAGCUUCUGCUGACAGAAUUAGGGCAGGUGGAUGCUGACAAACCUUACGUAGACAUACGGGAUGACUGUGCCCAUCAACAGCGUUCACCGGCUGUGGAGCUCCACGUGGAUGGCCUGGUUGGGAGAACCCUCUGGCCUGUGCUUGCUGUCACUCAAGGAGCAUUAAUCUUAGCCUGCCUUCCGCUCGUGGAAGCCCCUCCUGAGCCCCGGCCACCUCUCCCCAGCCUGGCCUCAGUCUCUCAGGGCUUAGCUCUGUUGUCAGGCCUGCAGGAUUUCCUCUGUGGGGCUGGAGGUAAACUACCAGAGCCUGAUGUGCUAGCAUCACGUUUGGCAGCCCUUCCCUCGGUGCUCCUGCAGAUUUGCCCUUUGGGACGGCCGCUGGAUACUCCCCCUUCGGCUGGAACCAUGCCUGCUUCUGUGGCUCCAAGCCCAGGGGGGGCUCAGAAGCAGCCAGCCUGGAAAGCGGGGGUCCAUCGUGGAAGGGCUGUAGUAAGUGUGGCACUUACAGAGAAGGUGAGGUCCAUGCAGUAUGGCAAGAGUACCCAACAGGAUCUGUGGGAUGUGUACGGCAUGGUUAUGUGUAAAUGUGAGGUGGAAGGUGUUUUGCCCAAUGUUACGGUCACCCUCACUCUUCCACCAAAUGGCUCGCCACUGCAGGACAUUCUUGUCCAUCCGUGUGUGACAUCUCUAGAUGCAAGCAUCCUCACCGCCUGCAGCGUGGAGGAAAAUGAUGGCUCUGCCUUUUCAGGGCCAUACAAGUUCCCGUUCUCACCUCCUUUGGAGCUUUUCAGACUCUGCAGUUACACUUCUCAGGUACCUGUGCCACCAAUUCUUGGCACCUACCAACUGAAUGCAGAGGAGAAUCAUCUAAAGAUAUAUGUGGUCCUGAAACUCCACGAAAGUGUCAAAAAUAGUUUUGAGUACUGUGAGGCACACCUUCCUUUUUUCAACCGGAAUCUGAUGGGCAACGUGGAGGUCAAAGUGAGCUCAGGACAGCUUGAGGUGUCAAAAGAGAAGAACCUGCUGGUUUGGGUCAUUGGUCAGAAGUUUCCAAAGUCUAGGGAAGUAUCGCUGGAGGGGACUGUUCAUUUUUCAGGGACUGUUGCUGGACCAACAGAUCCUCUCUGCACAGGACUCACUACUUAUAUAAAACUUUAUUUUCGUAUACCAGAUUUAACUUUAUCUGGAUGCUGUGUGGAUCAGCACUCUGUGCAGGUAUACUCAUCUGCUAAACCACGCAUUGUCACAACACGAGAACUGGUCUCUUCAGAAUACUACAUCUGGAACUCCACAGGGGAUGCUCCUGUCUCCUCUGGUCUCAUGAUACUGUGACAGAUUGUGACUCAAUAAUGCACCAGUUGCCUUAAUAAAUGAACACCAAGGUUUAUUGCAGAUGUUAAAGAAGGAUCGGGUUAAAUGACCGUAGAUUCUACAGUGUUACCGUUAAUUUACAGUAUAGACUGCAUGGUCUCUUUUAAUACAGUUUGUCAAAAUGAAAUAUUACCUUUUCAAUGAAAUACAUCAUGUAUAUUGUUUAUGUCUUUGCCAAUGUAUGUGCAUUAAUUUAUUUCAGUAUACUGAUACAUAAUUAAUAACUGAGUAUUUUAUACAUAUUAGAAAAGCUUUAAAUGCACAUGUUUUAAACUUAUCUUUUCUAAUAAGAGGUAUGAAGAAUAAAAAUUAAAUUAACUUUUCCUUUA